AUUAGACGCAGCACCACUGUUCCCAUCUUGAAAUCAGACAACAGAGGAAAGAGUGAACCCAUCCAGCUGCUGUCUCAGGAGUGGUCUCCGCGGCGAUGGACACUCCCGGCGGGCGAGACGAGCGCGUGCAGCAGCGAGAACGGCUGCAGCGGGAGGAAGCCUACUACCACUUCAUAAACGGGCUGAGCGAGGAGGAGUACCGGCUCAUGAGGGACAGCAACCUGCUUGGGACGCCAGGUGAGGUCACAGCGGAAGAGCUGCGGCAGCGUCUUGACGGAGCAAAGGAGCGGCUUUUGGCGCAGCCUCCCCGUGAGCCCCACCCACAGAGCAGCGACCCACAGGAAGAAAACAGGGGCAGAGGGGGUGUGGACGUGGGCGGCGAGGCCUCUAACGGCGACACUCUCCUGGAGUGGCUCAACACGUUCCGGCGCACGGGCAACGCCACGCGCAGCGGGCAAAGCGGGAACCAGACCUGGCGCGCCGUCAGCCGCACCAACCCCAACAGCGGCGAGUUCCGCUUCAGCCUGGAGAUCAACAUCAACCACGAGCAGCCGGAAGUCGUCGAUGCUAUUGACCCUCCCCUGCCCGGCCCUCGUAUUGACCCAGCUCACGCCUCCCAGGGAAGGAGGCCGCAAGUGCGCCGUACACGGAGCAGUACCGCUACGCCCCCGGUCCGGCCCGACAUCCCCGCUGGCAGAGUGUUCGGCUUGCGGAGGGGUGUGGAAGCAGGCUCGACUUCCCUGACGGCCCUGUCCCAGCCAGCACAGAGCAGCGGGAGAAGGGGACGGAGCCAGGGGGCGGAACAGGAGUGGGACUCGGAUGGGUUGGAUUGCCCUCGCUCUAGUCAUCAUUCCUCCACCUUGGAGCAGCCCCGCAGCAGGACUCGAGCGCGGGGGCGUAGGGGAGGGAGGGGCGGAAGGGGAGGGGCAUCCCGCCGUAGCCGGUCGCCGCUCCAUAGAAUGACGGACGCCCACCAAUCCCCCGAACCAGGCACCACCCAAUCCAGCAGACCCGAUGCCCCUCAACCCUCUGAAAUCAGUACAUCCGCCCAUUCUGAUGGACUCAGUGCUGCCCUGAGCCAGGAGUCCAGUGUGCUGGAGGCUGCUAUGGAGACAGGAGAAGCCACGAACGAGCCAGGCCAGGAUACCUCGGCCCUGCCUGCGCCAGUAACCUCCCCUGAGCCAACUGCUGUGCCCGUCCCGGGGACAGCCCCCGACGCCCCAGCUCUGCCUCCGUCAGGGACAGACCCGGAGGCAGGAGCAGAGCAGGUGGAGGCGCAGGCUUCGAGCCCCGGGGGCAGCGGGCGCCGUCACCCCACCAUCAUGCUGGACCUGCAGGUGCGGCGGAUCCGGCCGGGAGAGAACAGGGAUCGCGACAGCAUCGCCAGCCGGACGCGCUCGCGGGUCCGCACCACCGAGAACACGGUCACCUUCGAGAGCGACAGCGGCGGCUUCCGCCGCACCAUCUCGCGCUCGGAGCGCGCCGGAAUCCGCACCUACGUCAGCACCAUCCGCAUCCCGCUGCGGCGCAUCUCCGAGACCGGGCUGGGCGAGCCCAGCUCCACCGCUCUGCGCUCCAUCCUGCGGCAGAUCAUGACCGGCUUCGGCGAGCUCAGCUCCCUCAUGGAGACGGAGGCUGACUCGGAUGCCGCUGCAGCUGCCACCGCCACCGCCACGGCGCCGAGCCCGGAGACCAGCCCCACCGGGCAGGCCCUUGGUGUCCGCGGCGACGAGGACGGCGCGUCCCGGGAGGUUCCGGAGCGGCGGAGCCCGGAGGAGGAGAGGCUCGUGGCGGGGGAGGCAGAGCGGGCGUGGGCGGGCGUGCCGCCGGGCGAGGGGCGGACCGCCGGCAGGGACACCAACAACUUGGUGGAAAACGGCACUCUGCCCAUACUCCGUCUCGCUCACUUCUUCCUCCUGAACGACGACGAGGACGAGGAGCAUCAGCGUGGCCUGACCAAAGAGCAGAUCGACAAUCUGUCCACCCGCACGUACGGCCAGGCCAGCCUUGAGGGCGAGGUGGGCCGGGCCUGCAGCGUGUGCAUCAACGAGUACGCCCAGGGCAACAAGCUGCGGCGCCUGCCCUGCACGCACGAGUUCCACAUCCACUGCAUCGACCGCUGGCUUUCCGAGAACAACACCUGUCCCAUCUGCAGACAGCCUAUACUGUCCUCCCACUUGGAAUGAUUCCUCCCUGUUUAACCCACCCGCCAAGACUGACCUCUCCCAUCCUCUCCGCCCACCAGACUG